CUGGGGGUUGAACUCAAGGCUUUGUGCCUGCUGCUAGGCAGGCUCUCUGCCACUUGAGCCACUCUGCAGGCCCUCACUUUGAUUUUUAUAGCUUCCCUGAGCACUUGCACUGGUUUGCCGAGCAGCAGCUUCCUAGCUUUCUGAGCUGUGAACCCUGACUUUGUUAGAGGAAGCUUGGCUCAAGUUUAAGCCAACCUGUCAGAGCAGAAGCCAAGGUCAUAGGGUUCCCUGCAGGAAAGAAAUGAAACUCAAAAUGCAGUGUCUUUCCACACCCCUGGAGAAAUUAAAACCCAACUUGGUGUUGAAACAGGAUGGAAACCCAGGAGUGGAGUGGGUAUGGUUUAGGGAGACCCGGAUCUGCUGUCACAGCUUUGGGGCCUGAGGCAGUGCCCUAACAGACCUGAAGCCUGACUGCUGUAAAAUGGGCAAGUGACUCAGGUGGAGCCUGUCUGCACCAACCAUAUGAGGGGUGAGAAACUUAACAAGGAGGUUCCUUCAAGCACUCACUGAAUACCAAUUCCCAAUGAUUUCCACGUCCAUGGACUCGGAGGAGAAAGGAUGGAGUGUGAUGGGUGCAGAGGAGAGGGAGGAGGUCGAAAAGGGAAUUGGUUAUUCUGGGAAGUGAUAGGAGCUAUAGCUGCACACCCCGGCUGAGCUGUGACAUGAGAGCAGAGAGGUGUAAAUGCUACUGCUAGGGAUGAGAAGCAACAGACUGGGGGGGAGCCAGGUCCAGAAGUGGACCGCGCUGUCCUGUGUCAUGCUCCCAAAGCUCUACCUGGCAGCGCUUGCCUUCUUGAAUGGAGCUCCAUAGGCUACGAGACCUCAUUCAGCUGGAACUGCACAGAGCAAGGACAGCAGGCACGGGGGAGUAGGCUCCAGUCACAACACUGUCCUGCCUUCCAGGGAGGGUCCAGGGCUUUUUUUUUUUUUGCCUGAGAAGACAAGCUUCUGGGAGCCGGGAAUUUCUCUUCCGUCCUGUGCCCCUUGUAGUGCUCAGAGUGUUGGUGUGCAGUAACCCUUAAGCAAAGAUAAAUGGGUUGUCCAGGAACGCAGUGAGUCCCGCUUAUCAAGUGAUGCCACCGAUCCAAAAGUUCUUUCCAAGUCAGGACGGCUCCUUAGGAGGACGCAGUGCUGGGUGUGAGGGGGCAGGUCCUGUAAGUUGCUGCUACCUGCCACAAAGUCAUGUUGCUGAAAAUACGUAAAAUUGCACGUGUAAGGCGAGGUGGCCGUUUCCAUUCUAUACUUGAGACCAGUGAGAUUCAGCGAGGUCAAACAGCCCUGGGCUUGUCCUGUGCGCCUUCCCAGCUCUGGCCUGCUGCCCUGCGCUGAGCCAGGUCCCCUGCUCCGGUGGCUCCUUGUCUCACCCCUGGGAAUAGCGGUGUGUGCCGUCUGAGAGAGGGCAGUGCCUGGCGCUGGGCACAGUAAAGCGCAGUGAUGCUCAGAGGGCUGAAGUCGCUACUUGGAAAGCUUUGUGGGAACGGCUUUGCGGUACCCUAGUCCUACAGGGUGGGUUUCGGGUGGAGACCCCUGGGGAGGGGUGGGGGCCUCGGCGGCUGUGGACCGGAAUUGGUAGGAGGGUCCGGAGGGCGGGGCGGGGCGCGGCGCCCAGCUCCUCCCAUGGCCCUGCCCCCUACAAACCCCGCCCCUGCGCGGGUUUAAAAGGAGGAAGGCGGGUGGCGAGCCCAGCCGUGCGGCACAGCCAUGACCCGGCGGGCGGGGGGCGCACGGUUGCUCGGUGGCCUCCUGCUCUUCCUGCUGCUCGCUGCUGGCGUCGCCCCUCUCAGCUGGGAUCUCCCCGAACCCCGCAGCCGAACCAGCAAGAUUCGAGUGCACCCGCGGGGCAACCUUUGGGCCACCGGUCACUUUAUGGGCAAGAAGAGUCUGGAGCCCCUCAGCCUAUCCCCUUUGGGGACAGCGCCCCACACCUCCCUGAGGGACCAGAGACUGCAGCUGAGUCAUGAUCUGCUCAAGAUUCUCCUGCUAAAGAAAGCUCUAGGCAUGAGCCUCAGCGACCCAGCACCCAACCCCCAGGGCAGGAGGCUGCUUGUGCAGAUACUGCAGAAGUGAUGUCAGUAACGGGACAAACACGACAACGCGCUUAGGUGGUGCUCACCAGAGAAGUUGCUGAAUGGAACCCUAGUAGUGGCCCCAUCUGAAUGGAACUCCUGAGCUCCAUUGCUGUGAUUUCUUUCCGGUUGGGUCUCGGGAAUACUGCGGAUGCAGAAACAAAUAAUGUUCCUACUUCUUCGCAGUGUGAAUAAAACCCUGCUCUUUA